AUGGAGGGUGUGAGUAGAUUUGGCAGUCCGAUGAAGCGUGUGAGUAGAUUUGGAAGAGUGAGUAAGCUUAGUCCAAGGUAUGUUGGACCGUUUGAAAUUCUUGAAAGGAUUGAUAAGUCUGCUUACAGACUGUUACUAUCUGAUCAGAUGUCUGAGAUGCACAAUGUGUUCCACGUAUCUUCUUUGAGAAAAUGGAUAUCUGACUCUAGAAAGAAGUUGUCUGUUGAUGAGGUUAAGAUUCAGGAGAAUCUGAGAUAUAAAGAAGAACCCGAGUUGAUUCUAGCUUAUGAUGUUCGUAAGUUAAGAAGUAAACAGAUUCCGAUGGUUAAGGUGCAGUGGAAGCACCGAACUGCACGAGAAGCGACUUGGGAGAAGGAGUCGGACAUGAAACAAGCAUAUCCGUAUCUUUUCUAA